UGGGAAAGCAGCAGCACCAGAUCCAAGAUGGCGGCCAGCAGGAGGCUGAUGAAGGAGCUUGAAGAGAUCCGCAAAUGUGGAAUGAAAAACUUCCGUAACAUCCAGGUUGAUGAAGCUAAUUUAUUGACUUGGCAAGGGCUUAUUGUUCCUGACAACCCUCCAUAUGAUAAGGGGGCCUUUAGAAUUGAAAUCAACUUCCCAGCAGAGUAUCCAUUCAAACCACCGAAGAUCACAUUUAAAACAAAGAUCUAUCACCCAAACAUUGAUGAAAAAGGGCAAGUUUGCCUGCCGGUAAUUAGUGCUGAGAACUGGAAGCCAGCGACCAAGACCGACCAAGUAAUCCAGUCUCUCAUAGCACUGGUGAAUGACCCCCAGCCUGAGCACCCGCUCCGGGCUGACCUAGCUGAAGAAUACUCUAAGGACCGUAAAAAAUUCUGUAAGAAUGCUGAAGAGUUUACAAAGAAAUAUGGGGAAAAGCGACCUGUGGACUAAAAUCUGCCACAAAUGAUUCCAGCAAGUGUGAGCAGAGACCCCGCGCAGUGCAU